AUGGCUCCAUGUUUGCGCUCCGCUCACCUGCAACAACAGCUAGAGAAGAACCUAGGCGGUCGUAUGGUCAUGACCGGGACCCCAGAAGAAAUUCGAGCCCAAUAUGAUCAACUAGUGGCGAUGCUUCUUCCUCAGCUGCCUCCCCCAUCAGAGGCCGUCGAGAGCAAAGAUGGUGAAGUUGAGGGAAUCAAGUAUCGCCUAUACACACCCAAGGAAGCGGCCAAGUCAGGCCCCCUGCCUGUCGCCAUCUGGACACACGGAGGAGGAUGGAUGACCGGCGACCUCAACUCAGAUGAUCUGCUCUGUCGAAUCGUCGCCGAAGCUGUUCCCUCCAUUGUCGUUAGUGUGGAUUAUCGACUUGCCCCCGAGCACAAGAUCCCCACGCAGCUCCAGGACUGUUUGACCGUGUACAAAUGGGCGCGACAAAACGCCGCCUCCUACGGAGGUGACCCAAACAAAUUCUACACCAUUGGUGGCUCCGCUGGUGGUGCACUGGCCCUGCAAAUCGCUAAUCGUCUGGUCAAAGACCCCUCGAAGCGAGACGGGAUCAAGGGUAUCGCCGCAAUUGUGCCUUGUGUGCUGCACUGGGAUCAUGUUCCCGAAGAGUACAAGGAGAUUUUCAAAUCAUAUGAAGAGAACAAGGAGGGCGUCCCCAUUAUCGACAAGAAGUCAAUGCAGAUUUUCUACGAACACGCAGGGGCCGACCCUAAGGACAGCGAUAUCUUCGUUGCUCUGGCCAAGGAGAAUCAUGCGAAUUUCCCACCCACAUACCUGGUUAGUUGUGAAAAGGAUCCCCUGAGAGACGAUGCCUAUGUGAUGGAGGCGUCUUUGAAGCAGGCUGGUAUUCCUACGAAGCAUGAUCACUAUAAGGGAAUGCCACACUAUUUCUGGAUCUUCCCUUCUGUGCCCGAGGGGCAGCAGUUUGUGGGCAACUUGAUUGGGGGUGUGAAGUGGCUUGUUUCGCAGAUGUAA